AUGAAUAUAGCUUUAAAACUCGAAUUUGAAGAUGGAAUCCACAUCCAAGCUUAUGCGGACGACGUUUCACUCCUAGUAACAGGAUCUAUGCAUAUGCAAAUUCAAACCAAGGCAAAGUUGGCGCUUCAAAAACUAUCAGAAUGGGCACUCAAGUGCAAACUUCAAUUCUCUCCCGAAAAGUCAAAGUCUAUGUUUAUAGCAAUCAAAAAGCGUGGUGCAGCCUAUUCAGCACCGACAAUAAAGAUGAACGAUCAUACCAUUAAGCAACAAAAAUCCAUUCAAUAUCUUGGAAUAGUCAUAGAUGAAUGCCUUACCUGGCUACCUCAUCUAGAUUAUAUUAAAUCUAAAGUUUGUAAAAUAAUGAACAAUCUUCUUAGAUUACUUGGGAUGCCCAAACCAGUUCUGAAAGAACUUUAUAAACGUGCAAUAGAGCGUACCAUAGUAUACACAUGUCCUGCCUGGUGGUACCCACCUACGGUAAAAAUGCGAAACAAAACAAACUCUAUACAACGCAUAGCACUUCUUGCAAUGACCAAAAGCUAUAAGACUGCCCCUACUGCAGCUCUUCAAGUGAUUGCUGGAAUUAUGCCGCUUGAUCUUAAAUUGGACAUGGAAAGCAUCAUCCAACGUACCAAACGAGGAUGGACUGACUUUAAAUAUGAGGACUUAGAACUUUCACGGGAUCAGAUUGAAUUCCCAGUACCUAAAUGGCAUUCUCAUCCAGCUCAUAUUCAAGUCUUCGGAUGGGACAACAAGCCUCCAAUCAAUAAAGGUUUAGAAAUUUAUACGGACGGUUCAAAAAGUGAAGACGGCACUGGAGCUGGCUUCUGUUCCUUCAUGAAUGGAGUUUGUCACGAUCAAUUUAUGUUUAAACUGGAUAAGACUAGUACAGUAUAUCAAGCUGAAACUUUAGCAUUAAAGUCGGCAUUACUAUGGUUAAAAUCACACCCCAGUCCUGCGCAUAUAUAUUCGGAUAGCCAGGCUGUUUUAAAGUCUAUCCAUAAAUACAAUAUCUAUAAUCAGAACAUUAUCGCCAUAAAGAAAUUACUGGCUUUUACAAAAGCAAAGCUUCAUUGGAUAAGAGGACACCAAGGCACUGCCGGCAAUGAAAAAGCCGACGAGCUAGCCAAACAAGGGAUUUACUUGAACACGUACCUAGACUGCAAGAUCCCUAUGAGUAAUAGUAUCAUAGCAUGGACAGGACGACAAACGUUCACACUUCUACCGAAUGUUUCGGAGAAACGGCAUUUCAGUGAUUUUUUUUAA